AUGUCCUCCACACCCAAGACCGCCUCCGACUCCAAACCCAAAGACCAGCCGCAGGUCUCAAAGAAGACGAACAAGGUCCUCGAGGAAGAUGACGAGUUCGAGGACUUUCCCGCCGAGGAUUGGUCGGACACGGAAACCGACGGCAAGAGCGGCAAGAGCAAGAACCUCUGGGAAGAGAGCUGGGAUGACGACGAGACCACCGACGAUUUCGCCGCGCAGUUGAGGAAUCGUCAAUGGCUAAGGUGA